AUGGACGAGAGUGAUUCUGAAAUUAAAAUGUCGAGUGACGGCCAAAAUGAACCAGAAAAAACGAAAAUAUCUGCCAAAGGAGAACCAAUAAAAGAAUUUUCGCUUGAUUUGGAUGAGGAUGGCAUAUGGAGAACAGGUCCCUAUUCGAACAAAUUUUCAGUUAAAACGAUGAAAGAUAUCAUUGAAAACUGUGUGACAUCGUCAAAUCUCACCGAUUUUCGUUUGCCAGUGUUUUCGGAACCGUCAGUGAAAUUCGCAAAAUUUCGAAACGAAGAUCAUAAACUUUGUGAUGGACUGUCUUGGUGGAAGACAACUAAUGGUAGAAAAAUCCGUCCGAGACCCAGAAAGAUCGAAUACGAUGGAUGCUCUUACAGAUAUUACAAUUGCAUCAAUCCUAAUGAUGAUGCUUUCAAAAAAUUUGAGAUUUAUCCGGAGAAGGAAGAGUUCUUUUUCGUAGUAUACGUGUCUCAAAAUGGUCGAAUGGACUACGAUAUUCUGAAAUCAUCAAAACCUAACAGACUAACUGAAGCAGAGUGUCAAUUGAUAUAUCGGUCCCUGAAAGGAAGAACUGUGAAAGGAGCUUUCGAAGAUCUAAAAUCAGGAGCCCUUAAUUUCAGUACCCGCCAAAUCAGAAACCAGAUGAAGUAUCAGCCGGAUUGUGUGAAGUCGAAGAGGGGCCGCGUGAGCGUGACAACACCAGAAUCACUCGCAUCUUUUGGAACAGAAAAUGGCUUCCGUCUAUUUUCUAGUGAUAACCAGUUUGGAGCGAUUUAUCUCGAUUCGGACACACUGAAUCUUUAUAUGAAUAGUCUACCGACAAAACAAACUGUACUGGAAUAUAGAAAGCUUUUAACUGGAUGCGAAGAUUGGACUUCAGAAGAAGUCAAUGAUUUUUUAUCUUGUUACAGUCCGACAGCAAAUAGUGGGAUUAUUAAGCAUAUGGCUGGACAGUUACAGAUUGAUAGCACUUUUGAUUUGUCAGAUUGUGUUGUGACAACAAUCUCUGGAGAUAUAGGAGACUUCACAUCGCGCUGCAGCGGAAAAAUUCGCCAUGUUCUUUUAGGAUUCAUGAUUUCCUCGUCGAAAAAUGCACUAAAUCACAAGAGUUUUGCUCGCGAAAUUGACGAUUUCUUCCUGCAAGUUGAUCCUAUGCGAAAAAAAUCAAUUCCAUCACUGAUGACAGGCGGCGAAGAAUCUUUUAAAUAUUACAGCAAGAUGAAAUAUUUGGAAGACACUCAAGUUCUCAGGUGUCUAGUACAUCGUCGAAACAACUUGACAUUCAUUCAAAGUAAAAAGAAUAUAAGCCAGUCAGAUUUGAACAAAAUUUUCGGAAGACAGAUUGGAGAUGAAGUUGAAAAUGGAAUUUUCAAUGUAAUGAGUUCAGAAGCGAUGGAAGCGGAGAUUGUCAAGUGUAAUUUUGCGCCGGCUCUAAAGAAGUGGUUGCUCGAUAGAAAAGAAGAUCUCUUUUCAACCCAUUCUCUCCGAUCUCGUCUGAUGGCUGGGCUGCUUCUAAACUAUGCAUCUACGAAUCGAAUUGAGAACCUUAAUUCACGAAUCAAAAUUGCGAUUCCACGAAAACUAAAUGGACGCACUUGCUUGGAUAAGCUGUUGGAAUUUAUCGAGGAUGAGAAAAAGGAAUUUUGCAAGUCGAUUUUGACUGGAAAGAGCGAGCUGAUCCGAUACGCGAAUUUCAAAAAAACCGGAAUUUUGUCAGCACAAAGUCAAGUUAAAGCUUUGCAAAAACAUGGAUUUCGUACUUUUUCGUUAUCUCAUGUGUUUGAAAUGCCGAAAACCGUAUGGAGAAGUGUGCCGAAACAGAUGAAAAUUGGAGAAGUCUUCAAUAAGAACCUUCGCUGUACUCAGUACACUGCCAACGAAAAAAUGCCAAGAAGUUCUGAAUAUUCGCGAAAAGUUCUUGAUUUCACUGUCGAGGAGUUUGCAAAUCAAAUCAAUCAACGACGGAAAAGACGCAAAAAGAUACCCGACCGGAAGUACUCUAAAAGGUCACAUAAUAACGGCGGGAGAACUGUAUCCGAAUUCAAGAAGGUCAAUAGAAAUGUCUCUGGCGAGUCUGAAAGCGGUGAUGAUGAAAGGAAAGCAGAUGGGAAUAUUUCUAGUGAUGAGGAAAAUGACAGUGAUUGUGAUGUGAAUAGCUUGAAUUCUAAACCCAAUGUCUUCGAUGAGUCGGGAGAUAUCGUCGAGGAUGAAAUUAAUUGUAAUUCCAAUGAUGAACAUGUCAAUCUAGUCCUUGACCCUUCUGUGGAUCACUUGAACUCUCAUGAUUCUUGCAUGGAUCUUUCUGAUGAUCCAAGAAAGUAUGACAGCGAUUCUGAUGAGGAGAAUGAUAUUUUCGGAUAUCAGAAUGUCAAUCCAGUGCCGAAGCCAUCAAAUCGUGUCUCGAAUGAUCAUAGUUCACAGAUCGAUCUUCGUGAUGUUCUUGGAGAAAAGGGCUCGAGAAAGCCUGAAAGCGAUUCUGAAGAAGUGACCGAUGUUUCCACAGGACAACAUGUGAAACCAAUGUCUCUCAAAGAAAAGUUUCCGAUUGGAUACAUGCAUCGACUUUCGGAUGAUUCAGACGACAGUGAGACAAAAGACACCGAAACAACACCAGAAGACUGUCCAUCACCGCCUAGAAAGAAGUCAAAGAGAAACUCAGGUCCUCCUUCCCGCUACCAAGCUUCCUUCAAAUAA